CUGAGCAGGUGCAGAAUAUCAAUAUUAAAUCUCAGAGGAAAAAAGUUUGUUUCCUGUUAGGAUCAGAUGCCAGUCAUGUGACUAGCGGGGUUAUUCACCCCUCGCUAUCAACCGUCAGAUGAACCGUUUUACCACCUGAUCCAGAGAGAGAGAGAGCGAGAGGGAGGGCUGAGCCAUCAGAGCGACAGAUCUCUGAGAGAGAAAAGAAGAGGGGAUGAGGAGAGGGAUUAGAGGAGAAACAGAAGGAGGCUCGCUGAGGAAGAGGAGGAUUAACGAGAAGAGGAAGGGAACAAAAGGAAAUACAGUAAGAAGAGAGGAGCUGAGGAGGAGGAAUGUUUGAUCGCCCGUUUAAUCAGCUCAUCAAGAAUCAACUUGAAGACAGACAGGCCUGUGGGCGGCGAGCAAAACCUUUAGCACACCAUGACAACCACACAGAAAGCAGAUGGUUGCCAUGGUAGCCACCUGUUUGAAGUAGGCCUGGCAAAGCUGUAACUAUGGCAUGACCUUCAGCUGAACUUCCUGUUUGCCUGACAGUUCAUCAUGUCCCUCUCACACGCCCUCGCCCUCCUCACCCUCCUCGCCCUCCUGCUGCCGCGUGGACGGUGUCAGUUUGAUGUCUGUCGAUCUCUGCGUGGCUCAAAGGCGGGGCCUGAGUUUUACGCCUGUCAGCCGCCCCCAACCAACAUGAAGGAGGUGAUGCAGAUCAGAGUUGACCCCCCUGGGAUCACCUGCGGAAACCCACCUGAGAGAUUCUGUACACUGGAGAACCCGUACCUGUGCAGCGAUGAGUGCGACGCCUCUAGCCCAGACCUGUCUCACCCUCCUCAGCUCAUGGGAGACAGGGAGAGGGGUGGGCUCAUCACUUACUGGCAGACAAUCACAUGGUCCAGGUUUCCUGAGCCCCUAUUGGCCAACAUCACCCUUACCUGGAACAAGAGUCUGGAGGUGGUCGAUGACAUUGUUGUUACCUUCGAAUAUGGCCGUCCAACCAGCAUGGUGCUGGAGAAAUCCAUCGACAAAGGUGUCACUUGGCAGCCGUAUCAGUAUUAUGCCGACGACUGUCUCGAGGCGUUCGGCAUGUCGCCCAAACGAGUCUCUGAUUUAGCACCAAGUAACAUUACCCGGGUCAUCUGCACCGAGCAGUACUCCCGCUGGGUCGGCGCUAAGGAAGAGAAAUCUGUGGUGUUUGAGGUGCGAGCUCGGUUCGGGGUGUUUGCUGGUCCAAAGCUGAUCAACAUGGACGCUCUGUACACUCGGAUGGAGACCACAAAGGGACUCAGAGAUUUCUUCACUUUCACCAACCUCCGACUGAGGCUCCUCCGCCCGGCACUGGGAGGAACCUACGUCCAGAGAGACAACCUGCUGAAAUACUUCUAUGCUAUUUCCAACAUUGAUGUUUUUGCCAGGUGUAAGUGCAACCUACAUGCAUCUCAGUGUGCGCUGCGCGAUGCGACACUGCAGUGUGAAUGCGACCACAAUACAGCUGGACAGGACUGUCAGAGCUGCAGCCGAGAGUUCACAUCUCGCACCUGGAGACCAGGAUCAUACCUGCCCCUGCCCAAAGGCACUGCCAAUGCCUGUGAAGCAACAGAACCUGCAGCCACAGGUGGUGACUCUAACUCUGAAGCAUCUGAUAGACCUGCCACAUCAGAUGGAGUGACUGACAGUACUACUACUGCUACUAUUACUACUGUACCUGAGAGCAGGACGCCAACCGACACAAAUACUGCUGUUGGCAUUACUACAGCCACAACUAACAGAACUACUACAGCUACUGUUCCUACUAAAACUGACUUUGGUACCCCAGCUGACAGUACUACUACUACUACAACUACCAGUGACAGUACUACAGCCACUUCUACUGUAACUGACAGUACUACUAAAACUGAUACUAAUACAGCUUUGAGUACUACUAACCGCAUGACUGAUAAGACUUUGAAUGACCCAACUUCUCCUAAAGACAUUCCUUUGACUACAUUCAUGUACACAUUAAUGUCUGAUAACAGCACAGAGGGUCCUCUUAUGGUUUCAGCUGAUAUUUCUACUAAUACUGGAGGCAAUUCAAGUACCAGUACAUACAUGACUGACUCUAGUACUGUGACUUACUUUACUAGUAGUAAUGAUUCAGCUGACCUUCCUUUAACUGCUAUUGACUCUACCUCAACACUCACAACUGGUACAGUAGUUCUUACUGCUGUCCGUGGUACUAUUAGUACUACAGGUUCUGUUGCCUUUACAGACUCAUUCAGUACAGCUGGACCUACCACAGACACAGCUCCACCCAACAAUCCACGUCUGAAGACUGGAGAAAAACCACCUCCCAGAGUACUAGACAGUACCACCAGCCGUCCUACCAGUACCACCCCCACUGUCCAAGGCAGCAGUACUGACACUGGAGGGUCUAUCUCUGACCCACUGGGUCCACCCUAUAACUCCACUUCAGACUUUGGUGUGCUUGGGACUGAUAUAUCGAAGGUGGUGACCAGUGCUGUGUCACCUACUGUCGCAACACCAUCAGCUGGAAUUCUGCCUCUAACAACCAUCCCAGAAACGUUUUCCCCAGGUGACGGGUCUCAAUCUGAAGACUUUCUCCCCACUGGAUCUGUCCGUAUCAGUCAGGCUGGAGAUACUCUCUUUACAACAAAACGUGAUGGAAUUUCUCUUCGUCCUGAUAUACCUCCUCUGGCUGUACCUCCUCCAGAUCUACCACUGGAAGCUCCCUCUGUGGAUAUACCUUCUGCUCUUAAUGAAGCCCUUCCUGAUGUAAUUUCUCCUGAUGUUUUACUGGAUAUACUAUCUCCGGAUACACUUUCUCCUGAUGCAUCAUCUCCGGUUACACUUACUAAUAAUAUACAGCUACCAGAAAUGCCCCCUCUUGAUCUAUCAUCUCCAGAUACACUCACUCCUGAUGAAAUAGUUUCCUUUGUUCCAACCCCCAAUGUACUGUUUCCAGGUGCACCAUCUCUUCCUGCUUUAUCUUCCCUCAAUGUUCCAGCUCCUGAUGGAGCUCCUACUGAUAUAUCUUUCCUUGAGGUACCUACUCAAGAACUUCCUCGUCCUGAUCUCCCUCUGGAAGGACCACCUCCUGACAAACCUGCUCCUGAUGUACCUCUUCCCGACCCGCCUUCUCGUAAUGUAUUUCCUCCCGAUACACCUCCUCCUGACCUACCUUUUCCUGAUCCACCUUCUCCAGAUGUACUUCCAGAUGGGCCAUCCACUAAGACUCCAGAUACUUCAGUAGAUUUUCCUCCUCCUGAUGUACCUUCUCCUGAUGGGGCAUCUCCAGAAAUACGUCCUCCUGAUGCUACCCCUCCAGCUCCAGAUAUUCCUGUGGACUCCGUGUUGCCUCCCUAUGGAGGUGGUCCUGUACCAGACACAAAGUCCGCUACUAUAGAUCAGUCUGACCCUGCUGGUGAUUUAGCACCUGUUGACUUUACCUUCCCAGUUCCAGAAAACCCAAAGUCAGUUGGCCCUGGACAAGAUUCAGGAUCUGAUUCUCAGCCCAUGCCUGUGGUUGAACCUGGCAAUGUUUCAAGUGACAAUAUUGAAACGCCUGGAUCUAAUUCUAUCAAUGCUGGACAGGAAUCUUUUCCAGUAAAGCAAGGCAGAGGAGAGACAGGAAAUGAAAAAUCUGAAUCAAGUGGUCCAGAUUCUUCUGUGCCAUACAGAAACAUUCCUAAUGUGGAUCCAAGAGUGGAUCCAGGCAGUGAGAAUCCUGCAGUAGAUUCUACAUCAAACAAAAAGGAAAGAACGUCUUCUGGAGAGGAAUCUGUUGAACCAUCAGGAGGGUUGAAGUUUGAGGAAAAGAAAGACACGAAACAAGAAAUGACAAGAGAGGCAACAAAGGAAAAAGUGCCUGAAGCCAAAGAGGAAACUAAAGAAAAAUCUAAAGCCGAAGGAGAGAAGGAGAAAGAGGACAAAGGCUAUGAGAAGAAAGCAACCCAGAAGAUCCUGAUUCCAGGAGGACCAAAGUUCAGUCAGCUGUCCAAAAUUGCCUAUGUGAGCUUCCAGGACUGUGAGUGUAAUGGUCACUCCAACCGCUGCAGCUACAUCGACUUCAUCAACGUGGUCACAUGUGUGAGCUGUAAACACAACACGCGGGGGCAGAAUUGUCAGUACUGUCGCCUUGGUUACUACCGAAAUGCCUCGCUGCCGCUGACUGACGAGAACGUCUGUGUUGAGUGCGAGUGCCACGCAGACGGCAGCGUGUCUCCUAGAUGCUUGGACUCGGGUCUUUGUCAGUGUAAAGACGGAGCCACAGGGAGGCGCUGUGACUCCUGUUUACCUGGAUACACCUGGAGAGGAGGCGGGGCCGGCUGCACAGCAAACAUGUGCGACAGUGAGCGUUUGGUCUGUCGGAAUGGAGGAACCUGCAUUGACUUCCUGCGCUGCAUCUGUCCUGAAAACUUCACAGGUUUAUUCUGCGAGCAGAGGGUGUGUCUGAAGAAGAAUGGCUGCCUGGAGAACGCUGAGGACUCCGCCUCCUCUCUGGCAUCACACCUUUACCUGCUGACCUUCGGUCUGAUCACCGCCACUUUCUGCUGACCCCGCCCCCAGGCACAAUGUCCCAUAAUGACAUCACCUGGGACGAUGUGAUUGCAACCAAAUGUUUUUCACUGAACUUCAUGUUUUUUUACGUUGUCGUACAGGAUAUUACAUCACAAUCUUAUGACAUCACAUAAGGCCCUGCACACUAAGACGAUCAUCACAUUAUAAUUUUAGGAGAUCAACAACAGGUCACUUUAACCUGACAAAUCAGAGACAGCCAAACUCUGCAGGAACAGAGCUGCCUCAACCCUACUCUCCCUCCAGCCCGUCUUCUCCACAUCGUCCUCUCCACCCCGUCCUCUGAAUAAUAAAGGUUUAUCUUAUCUCCCCCUCCUCCUGUGCAGUUCAAGGACUCUUUAAUUUGUAUGGAUGAAGCUCUGCAAAAACAUCGUCACCCAUACUGCACUUGGAGCUCUGACUGGUGCAUACGUCUGAAGAUCAAACUGAGUGAAAUCAGCUGAUCAAUACGUUACGUGUCCUCUCUAUUUCAUGCAGAAAUGUGAUGAAGAUUAUUGACAAAGCCGCUGAUCGCUCGCCCAGCUGCAGCAUUGAUAAAUGGUGAUUCUUUUUGUGGCAACAUUUUAGCUUCAUACCUUUUUUAAAAAUAUAUAUUUAUGUUUUAUAUUCCCAAAGGUUGAUU